UCCCUGCCUGACAAACUGAGCAUGCGCAGAGCUCCUGUGCCGACGUCAUCUGUGUGCGACAGGCCUCGGGUACAGUGCGGUUGAUGCGGGGUGUGCGUGAUGUCCGCUGAAGCUCCGCAGCUCGGUCCCGCAGCCUGAUCCCGCAGCCGGAAGCCGCGUCAGCACUUUUUAUUCUGCUGAGUCACCGUUAGCUCCGCGGCUAGCAGCUGAUGCUAACAGGGUGAGUCAUUGUUAGACUCACACACACACACACACACACACACACACACUCUCACACACACACACACACUCACACACUCACACACUCACACACACACACACCUCCGGUCCGGACUCUGUGGACCCGGCUCGGCUCGGCUCGGCUCGGACGAUGAGCUCGCGGAGGUCGGGCUAUGCUGCUAGCAUGGACUCCUCCCGGAAGCAGAGCAUCAUCAACAUCCCGGACCGGACCGGUACCGGCACCGGGGUCGAGUCCUGCUACGACCGGAAAGCCGGCGUGACGGUGACGUCACUGAAGUCCCGGCUCGCGCCCACCAUCCAGACCGCCAUGUCCGCCGCCGUGGACACGCUGCUGGGCGAGGUGGUUCUGGUUCUGAACGAGACCCAGCAGGAGCUGCUGCACAAGGAGCAGGAGAACGAGCGCCUGAAGGUUCGGCUGGAGGUGUCGGAGCGCGAGCUGAAGACGCUGCAGGAGUGUCUGUGCAGCGCGCAGAAGCUGAUCGACCAGCUGCAGGUGUCCUACGGAGGCCCGCAGGGUCAGUCCGUGUUCGCCCCCGCGCUGUCCUCCAUGGCCUCCAUGGCCUCGGGUCUGGACCGGGACCACCAGAACUCCAGGAGCGUGAACGGAGCCGGCGUGGACUUGGGUCUGGGCGGUUCCGUGGACGAUUCGCUCCACGGGUUCGAGCCCAGAGACGACUACAAGAUGUGCCAGCUGUCCAUCCAGCCGGACGGUUCUGUGACCAACCACGCGCUGGACUUCGCCUCCAACACGGGCCACAUGUGCCCCGAGUCCAGCAGACCAGAUGAGCAGCAGUCUCAGGGCCCGGGAGCAGGAUCCAGGUUUGAGAUCAAAGAGGAGCAGGGCCCGGCGUCCGGCUCGGGUCAGCCCGGCAGGAAGGAGUCCAGCAGAGUCGGGGACGGCGAGGGAUCGUCCCACGGCGUGGGCGAGCUCGGCUACGUUCAGGUGGGCGGAGAGGGCGGCUCCCAGCGCUCCUUCACGCACCCGCUACGUCACCAAAGACCGGUCCGGGACUGCGGCGCCGUGCUGCAGCAGGCCGGACUGGACGGACAGAAACAGCUGGGAAGGACUUCAGGAGGCGGGAGGGGGGACAGCGCCUCCCCGGGCCGGGCCGAGGACUCGGCAGGACCUUCGGUGUCGGACGCGGCGGGCGACCCGUCCGGAGACCGGCCUCAUCACUGCCUGGAGUGCGGGAAAACCUUCCGCCUGAUCUCCAGCCUGAAGAAACACAUCCGGAUCCACACGGGCGAGAAGCCGUACCCGUGCGGCGUCUGCGGGCGCCGCUUCCGCGAGUCGGGCGCGCUCAAAACUCACCUGCGCAUCCACACGGGCGAGAAGCCGUACUCGUGCUCCGAGUGCGGGAACUGCUUCCGCCACCUGGACGGUCUGCGCAAACACCGGCGCACGCACACCGGCGAGAAGCCGUACGUGUGCGCCAUCUGCGGGAAGCGGCUGAGCCGCCUGCAGCACCUCAAACACCAUCAGCUGAUCCACACCGGCGAGCGGCCGUGCUGCUGCCCCUUCUGCAACCGCAGCUUCAAGGAGCCCGCCGCGCUGCGCAAACACAUCCGCACGCACCGCGAGGAGGGAGGUCACAUGGGCAUCGGCGCCAGCGACGACACCGACCCGGACGCCAUGGACGACAUGAACAACCUCCACCCGGCGGCGCCGUCUCCUCAGAUGAGGUUCGGGGAGUGGGGAGCCGACGAGGACGACGGCUCGGUCGUGGACUGCGUGUAGAGGCGGCUCUCUCUGUGAGACCCGGACCUGGUCCUGGUCCUGGUCCUGGGGCUGGUGGAUCAGGCGGUUCAGGUGUUGGUUCGGGUCGGGUCGUCUCUGAUCCGAGCUGUGACGACGCUUCACGUUUCCUUCAAAUGUAAAAAUAACGUUUAAAAAACACUCGUCAGGGACAUUCCCCACGCCUGCUGUGAUUGGACGAACUGACAGGAAGUGGACUCAUGAUUCACGAGACGGACUGAACACACACACACACACACACAGACACACACACAGACACACACACACACACACACACACACAUACACACACACACACAC